AUGGAGGCUGGCAAGGUCGUCUCCCUCAUUGUUGUUGACCCUAGAGAGAGAGAGAGAGAGAGAGAGAGAACCGACGAGAAGAGGGAGACGACGCCAACAACGAUGGAGCAUGAAGGAGUGAGAGGGACGCAGAGGAUGAAUGAUGGCGGUGUGGACUUUGUCGCCGACGUUGGUGGAUGUGGCUUGGAGCAGCGGUAUGGAAGAGAAGACUUAUUGUCAAAAGCUCAUUGGGUGGGGAAAUACUUACCUAGCAUCCCCGUGCCAGGGAAGUUUUUCUCCAUGCAAAGACUAGUGGAUUUGACUACUCUAAGAGCAACUCCACCCAUUUACCCUUGGCCAUGGCAAGGGGGGAGCUAG